GCCUGCGUAUCAUAGCCCUUCUCUUCCACUCAGAACCACCUAACAUAUUUCUCUGUUUCCUCUUCCCCUUCAGCCCAGAGCUGAGCUACUUACAUCAAUUUUUUUUUGUAGAAUACCUUCUUGUUUAAAUACAACUGUUUCAAUUACUGGUAAAACGAGCAAAAUUCAAUCAAAAUGCUUUAUCAUCGAAAAUGUGCCCUAUAUUUUGAUGUAAUUUUUCUUCUAGAUAUUUCAGGUUUGUGUCUUGCAGAAAACAAGGGUAAACCAAUAGAUGUUUAUGGAGAAAUUGGGAAGUCUGUAUUUUUACAUGUUAAUUAUCAAAGCUCUAAAAAUGACGAAAUUAAAUGGAUGAAAAGAAAUACAAUAAUUGCACGAUACAAAGAUCAAACUUCUAAAUCCUAUGCGACUCAUAAAGAUGGAUUAAAAGUUUAUGCAAAUGGGACUUUGACAUUUAAAAUCAUGGAUAGCACAGAAGAAGGAACAUAUGAAUAUGAAAUAUACAAUGCAGAUGGAGUGCUGUCAGAUCGUAACUGCACUAAACUGCAUUUACUUGAGAGCGUCUCAAAGCCAGUUUUGGAUAUUAAAUGUAACUCUCGAAAGGAAGUCAAUAUAACCUGUAAAGUGGAGAAUGGAACUCAUGUCACCAUGAACUUACUUGGCAACUCAUUGAAUGAAUCAAGCAAUUAUCGAUAUUUGACUGCAGUACGAUCCUUGAAGGAGACUGAAGAUGCGAAAAUUUUUUGCAAUGUUAGCAACAAAAUUAGCAAAGCUGAUAUUUCAAGUGUGAUUAACUGCUCAGAAAAAGAAGCCAAAUCUAUUAAGUAUUAUGAAAUUAUGAUACUAGCAGGAGCAAUAACAUUGGCAACCGUCGUUAUAAUUCUCGUGAUUUACUGCACUCUAAGAUGUUGUCAACGGAGAAGGAAAGGUGUGGAUACCUCGCUGGAAGUCCCCAUGGAAUUUAGAGUACAGAUGAAACAGCCAAGGCAAUCAAUCCCAAACCCUGGACAACACAACGAAGAAUACAGCUCACCACGACCAAGGCCAGAACCCCGAAAACCCAGGGAGAGAAGGGAGCGAAUGGACGGAGGAGAGAGAGCACAGAAAGCUGCAAGGGCUGAGAGGGCACAGAAAGCAGAGAGGGAAGAGAGGGCUGAGAGGGCACAGAGAGCAGAUGAGUCACAGAGGGCAGAGAGAGCGCAUAGAGCACAGAGAGCGCAUAGAGCACAGAGAGAACAACGAGGAGAGAAAGGAGAGAAAGCACAUAGAGAAGAGAGGAGACAGAGAGGAGAAAGGACACUGGAGGGAGAUAGAUUGCCAAGAACAGAACAUAAAGAAUUAAGAGCAAACAGAGGACCUGUGCCUCUCCCACCACAAAGUCAUUGAUUCUGACUGACAAAAUUGCUUUUGGGAAAUAGUUGUUUUUAAAAUGGAAUGAUUUAUAAAGAAAAUCAUUCCUAAAAAUAGGAACAUUAUCUCCUUAAAUAUUG